AUUAUGGUCCUCCUCCUCCUCCUCGUCCGUAGCCAUUUUGGCUCAAGCUGCGUCGGGUCAAGCCCUUUGCAGCCUGUUUUGCGGUGGGCUGGCGCGGUUUGUGUGCCCCUGGUGUUUAGGCGCCGAGACUGCCUGAGCAGGCAUGCCAGAGGACAAGAAAGAACCCAAGGACGUGGAAACGAAAGAUGCGAGUGCCGACAAGGAUAAUGACGAUGGGGCCAAGAAAGAAGAGAAAAAGGAACCGCCAAAGGACCCGAAGACCCUCCUUAUUGAGCAGCUGAGCCAAACUCUCCGCACGAUCAGCGCGUGCGUGGCAUCUGGCGAAACGAGGGCGAUGGGGCGUGUGAUUCGGACUUUUGCGAACACACGGCGCACAAUGGUGCCAGAGGUGCUCCAGAUUCUUCUGCAGGACUGCGUGGACGAGUGCAACCCCUCCAAGGCACUCUACAUUUCGCUGGUGCCCGCGACGGGCGACGUGGAGAUGGCCUCGGAGGAGCAGGACAAGGACACGGACAUGGAGAAGGCUCUGGACGCGAAGUUGCCGAAGAUCCAGAAGCCCUUGCCGCCAGAAGUCGAAGCGUUCGCGGUGCUCCAGCUGCUCUUGUGCCUCUUCGACAAGAAGGAGAAGGCCAAGGCCUUCGAGUGCGUGAACGCUCUGGUGAUUUGGCUGAAGGCGUUCAACCGGCCGACGCUGAACCUGUUCUCGGCGAGGGCAUACUUCUACCUCUCGCUCGCCUACGAGCAGGCUGGCCGCCUCUCCGAGAUACGCCCCGAGCUGCAGGCCGCCUACCGCACGGCAUGCCUGCGGCACGACUCCAUGGGCCAGGCGACUUUGCUGAACCUGUUGCUGCGCAGCUACCUGACGUACAGCCUGUACGAGCAGGCCUUGAAGCUGGUGCAGAAGACGACCUUUCCAGAGUCGCGGCCCAGCGCGCAGUACGCGCGCUACCUCCUGUACAUCGGCCAGAUCAAGGCCGUCCAGCUGGAGUACUCCGACUCGCACUCCAAACUGAUGCAGGCAAUUCGCAAGUCGCCGCAGUCUCCCACCGUUGCCCUCGGUUUCAAGCUGUGCGCUCAUAAGCUCGCGAUCAUCGUGGAGCUGCUCAUGGGUGGCGUGCCAGACCGCGCUACUUUCAUGCAGAAGGAGUUGAAGGAGCCUCUCCGGCCCUACUACGCCAUCACCCAGGCGGUGCGGUCUGGAGAUCUCAAUUCCUUCAAGGAGGUGGUUCAACAGCACGAGGCCCUCUUCAAGAGGGACAAGACCUUAACUCUGAUCAACCGCCUCCGCUACAACGUCAUCAAGGCGGGCCUGCGGAGCAUCAGCUCGUCGUACAGCCGCAUCUCGCUGGAGGACAUCUGCACGAAGCUGUCUGGCGGGGGCGGCAGGAGCGUGGGCCUGGAGACCCCUCAGGAUGCCGCCGGCGUCGUGGCCAAGGCUAUCGUGGACGGGGUCAUCGAUGCGACCAUCGAUUACGAAGGGGCUUUCGUGAAGUCGAGGCAGCGACAGGAGAUCUACGCUUCUUGCGAGCCUCAGAAGGCUCUUCACAAGCGCAUCGCAUUCUGCCUCCAGAUGCGUAACGAGUCGGUGAAAGCGAUGGCGUAUCCGGAGGAGAGCGGUAAGGACACCGAGGACGCAGAGCAGAGGCGUGAGCGGGAGAAGUUGGAGUAUGCCGAAGUCGACGAUGAGGAUGACGAUGACGACAUGAUGCUCUGAGCAGGAGCUUGUCUCCUUUUCCCGUUGAGGACAAAAGGGGCCUAAGCACCUUGCCUUGGGAGGGCAUCGGCUCGCGCUGGGAGCUUCCGAGGCGAGUGCCAGAUCAUUGUCCUCCUCCUGCGCCUGCCUCCCUCCAGCGCCGCUCCUGCUGCUGCCCUUCCUCAUUCCAAAGGGCAUUGGAGUAUCCUGCUGAACUUCCACAGCUCAAUCACAGCUCCAGAGGGUCCUGGCACCGUUUGAGCUAGCCCCAGCUGGUUAGCCCAAGAGCGGGGCCAUGGCCACGGAGGCCAGGGGAAGCUACAUGCACGUCGCUCGUGUUAGUAUUCUUCUGAGGGAGGAUUGACCUCGAAGGUCCAAUCAAUAGUCUGUCAGUUCUGACUGUUCUGCUCCCGCCCCCUUGUAGCCAUCACUGGGCCAUGACAGGUCCAUCAUGAACGCAGCCAGAACUGAGCGCCAUAGGAACGAACGAC